AUGAUUGAUUGUAAUAUUUGUUACUGUUCAUAUGAAGAAGAAAAAUGCUUUACUCUUCCUAAUUGCUUACAUUAAUUUUGUAAGGAUUGUUUGAGCCAAUAGUUUGAAACUAAAAUAAAUGAGAAUUAAAUUGAUUUAUCAGAUUUUAAGUGUCCUUAAUGCAAUCGACUUUUUAAUCCAGAAAUUAUUGAAAACUUUCUCCCCCCUAAUCUGUUUAAAAAGUAUUGCGAUUUUGCAUUACAAUUUAAUAAAAUCAUGGGAUUAGAAGAUCAUGAACUUCUUACAAAUUGUUUGAAUGAAAAAUGCAUUGAAAAAUUUAUAAUAUGGAAAGAUGCAGGUUAUCUUUAUAAUAUGAUUUUAGAAUAUAUGCAAUGUCCAUCAUGCAAAGUUAAAUUUUGUAGGAAAUGCUCUCUUGAAUACCAUUAAGACAAGGGAAUAGAUUGUGAAAAAUAAAAAGAAUUACAUAAAGAUAUAUUUUAUUUUGAAAUGAAAAAAACUGCAAAUGUUUGUAGAUGUCCAAAAUGUAAAAACCUGUGUGAAAAAAUUUCUGGGUGUAAUUUUAUGUAUUGCAGAUGUAAAGCUAAUUUUUGCUUCCUAUGCGAUGUGGAACUCAUAGAAGCUGUAAUUUUAAAAAAAUAAUAUAAGUAUCAUUUUUCACACUGGCAAAAUAACGAUCCAUUUAAAAGUCCAUGUAGAGUAUGGUACAAUGAAACUUGGGUAGAUCCGGAUAAAGUUCCAAAGGACAUUGCUGUUCAAGCGAUAAAAAUUGAAUAAGUGGAUGUAAAAAAAAAAGUAGAAGAAGAAUUAAAGGUUUGUCCAAACUGUUCAUCGAAACAGAAAGAUGUUGUUUAAUAGGUUUUUUUUGAUCUAAUAAUUAAAUGUUAAAGUGUAAAAUGCCAAAAUAAGGCCUUUUGUACAAUUUGUACCAGACAAGUUCCAGUAUUAGAUAUUAUGAGUCAUUUUAAUAUGAAUGGAGAAAAAAUUAGCUGCAAAUUAAAUGAUAAAUGUUAAAAAAACACAGGCAAAGUAUGAAAUUGAAAAAUUAUUAUUUAC